ACGCCCAAAUAAUUUUGGGUGUGGUCUGACCCACCCAUUAACAUGUGGGCCCAAAUGGCAACAAGAAGAUUAUCUUUUCUUUUUGUAAGGAGCUACUGCAGCGAGGGACCUCAAAGCUCAGUCAGAUUUGAUGAUGAAAGAGUCCAAAAUUAUAUAUCAUUGUUGAACGGAAGAGAUUUCAACAAAGUAUUCUCCCUGAGGAAAGGCGAGGCAUCUUUACCAAAGUUUAAACUCAUGAAUCGGGAGAUGGUGAAGAAGGCAUAUUUUGAUACAAUGAAACGUUGCGAAGAGCGAUUAAAACCUCCACCAGUUGUAGAGCAGAGAAAGGACCUAGGAGAGGAGAUAUCGACGGACCCUAAAUUAAAAGACUUUGAUGAUUCUAAAUGGGUUUUUACUGACAUUUCUAUGGGAAUAGAGGACAAGGAUCGUUAUAUCGUAGUUCGUGAGCCUUCCGGUACCCUUAGACAAGCGACUGCUUUUGAAAGGGACCGGCUCUGCCAGACCUACAUGCCAGCCCCCGGAAGGAAGAUAUGGCUACCAACACUCCUUACGAAAGAGGAGCUACCUUACGCUUUAAAGAGAGUAAACGUACUGCACAUUCUUGAUCUUGUGUGUGCUCAGUGUCCACCUGAUUCACCUGAUUACAUUAGAGUACAGGAAACUGCUUACGAGUAUGUACGAAGUCAGGGACUUUAUUCCGAACUCUACUCUACAAAGCAUUAUGGCGGAUUGAUAUGGUAUCUGGUCCAGAAGGAUAAGCUCCUGGGUUUGAUCGGCUUUUUAGUCAGCAAAGAGAAAUUAGGAGAUGUUGAGAUAUUGGUUAAAUUAUAUUGUCUGGUUCAUCCUGAUACAGCAACUGAAUCUAUACAAGAACUAACCGGAGAAGAAAUGGUUAAGAGUUUCUGUGAGCACAAAGGCUACUUGACUAUUCUGGAUUCUUUAUCAAAAGAAAAUGACAGCUCAUCUGAGCCAGUAACUGCUACUGAUACUGUUUGACUGUCUAUUGUAUGUAUAUUAUUUAAUAUUUGUAAUUAUACUACAAGCUAAAACUGAUCAAUAGUUAUUGCAAUAGAAUUUAAAAAUGCA